ACCCUCUCAUACUAUCUCUCUCAGUAAGUGAACACACAUUUGCAAAUCUUUCUCUAGAAAGUCUUGUUCCUGAUCUGUUACAUCUUCAUCCAUCAUGAAUGAUCGCACAUCCGUCAUGAGUGAUCGCACACAAGCACCCCACCAUGUCCAAGUCCACACCACAACCCAACACUACGAAGCUGGUGUCGUUCCAGGACCUCGUUACGAACGUGCUGUUGUUCCCCCACAGUUCUAUGAAUCUGGAGGUAAGACCAGCUCUUACACUGCUGAGAGACUUCCCUCCGCCUCCCAGAUCCUCGCUGUUGUCGUCGGCCUUCCUGUCGGCGGCGUCCUCCUUCUUCUGGGCGGACUUACUCUGGCUGGAACUUUAACGGGGUUAGCGGUGGCGAUCCCACUUUUCAUUCUGUUCAGCCCGAUUCUGGUUCCAGCCACCGUGGUAAUCGGGCUGGCAGUGGCGGGGUUUCUGACGGCGGGAGCUUUCGAGCUGACCGCAAUGUCGUCGUUCUCGUGGAUCUUGAAUUGCAUCCGAGAGAGCCAGGGGCCGGUGCAGGUGAACCUGGCGGCAGCGGCGAAGCAUCAACUGGCGGAUGCUGCAGAAUACGUGGGGCAGAAGACAAAGGAAGUGGGGCAGAAAACUAAGGAAGUUGGGCAGGAUAUACAGAAUAAGGCUCAGGAUGCAAAGGAAAAGAGUGCGAAGGAAGCAAAAGAUGCAAAGGAGAUAAAGAGAACAACACUAAUAGCAACAACCGCAACAGACUGAGUAUUGUGAUAUGAUGCGGUUUAUGUCGGAAAAUAAUAAUGUACCUCUUGCUUUGCCUUUGUCAGUGCUGUGUCUUCUGGUAUUCUAUGUAGGUCUGUGUUUUGUUGUCUAGCUUGGUUUGUAGUUUUGUUGUCUAGCUUGGUUUGUAGCUUGGUUUGUAGAAGGAUGUAUUUUGCUUCAUGUCAUAAAAAGGGGUACUACUAGCUACUACUCCGGUGUAUAUGGAUGCUGGAAAUGUGUUCUGCAGUUUUCACUUUCACUACUGUUGAAUUCAAUGUGAAGUUUGUUUUCCCUUGGUUUA